AUGCCAUCAGUGGCUAUGAUGUCACAAAAGGAGCCCUUAUUAUUUUGUAUCAAAGUAUGCCCAUUAUAUUGUUCACCUCGGCGGCGAGACGAUGAUGCGUCAUCCCUGAUCUACGUAGAUGAUCCACCGUACAUUGAGCACCACAGUUACCACCAUGAAAUACCAUACCACUUCGAUCCGUACUAUUUCUGCAAACCAAAAACAACGACCACGACCACAACAACCACACCAGCGCCCACCACGACCACGGAGGAACCAACGUGGAUAUGCAUGGUCUGUAAGACUAAAUGUUCGAAAUAUCCAGUUAAAAAUUAA